AUGCAGAGUGUUUCAGCUGCUAAACUAGACACCAAGAAAAGAAAAGACUCUUUCACAGCUCCUUUUGAUCCUCGUUUUCCAUUCACCAACCAGACUCGUAACUGCUACCAGAAUUAUGUGGAUUAUUACCGUUGUCUGAAUAUUAUGAAAACCAAAGGCAAGGAUAUGCAGAAGUGUGAAUGGUACCAUAAGGUUUUCAAAUCUUUGUGUCCCAGCAGUUGGGUUAAUCAGUGGGAUGAGCAACGUAAACUGGGAACUUUUCCUGGCAAGAUAUAA